AUGGCAUCAGCGACGACCCUUAUAAUGGCGUUGCCCACUCAAAAGCCUCGCAUCGGCUUCAGCAUUGAGUCGAUCGUUGGUAGCGAAAAACGGUUGACGCAAGGUUCGCCACCAGCCCACUAUUCGCCCAACAGUGAAUCGUCCGAGCGUCCGGCGAGUCCGCUCAGCGAUAGCAGUCACUUCGCGCCCGAAAUGCAUCCGCUGGCGCUGCGAGGAUAUCCAGCGGGCUUUCAACCUUUACCUCAUCAACGGGCAUACCUUCUCCAGCGGCAGCAGGAACAUCAGCAGCAGGCUCGUGAACUCUUCGCACUGGGGCAACGUAUAUCCCGCGGGUCUUCUGGAACGCCCCCGUUAGAGCCGAGCGGACGGUUGCCGGAUUCACCUCACAGUCCCGGUGAGGGUGCUCCAAAUCGAGCCUCCUCGGUACGAAUGAUUGAUCUGAGUAGUAAUUCUAGUCGAAGUUCACCACCUCCCCAUACGCGACUGUCGCCGGAUCCUGAGUCCGCCGUCCGGAGCCACGGUCAACGGUCACCUCGCAGUUCUCCUGGACCGGGUGGGCCUGGCGGCGGACCAAUUCCACCAUCGAACAAAGGACCAAUAAUGGUACCAGGCAUUCCGGCCGGUCUGGUAAGACCAUUCCCGAUGGGUCCGAACGGUGAGCUAAAGUCACUGCCUCCGUUUAUGGGCGGAAAUAAUGCAACGGAGUUGGCAGUACAAGCAGCCCACAACCAACACUUUCUGGCGGCCCAGUUCCAGGCAGCGUUAGCACACGUGCAGGUUCAUGGGCCCGGAGGUUUUGGAGGACAUCCAGCGCAUCUGCACAAUCAUCCGGCCAACAUUUCGCGCGACAGUUACCCGCUCUAUCCGUGGCUGUUAAGCCGACAUGGUAGAUUUCCACCCCGAUUUCCAGGAAGUUAUUUGCUACCAUUUCGCAAACCGAAACGGGUCCGGACGGCUUUUUCGCCGUCGCAGCUGCUGAAGCUGGAGCACGCCUUCGAGAACAAUCACUACGUGGUCGGGGCGGAACGGAAAUCGUUGGCCCAGACACUCAGUCUUACGGAAACACAGGUCAAAGUAUGGUUCCAGAACAGACGCACCAAACACAAAAGGAUGCAGCAGGAAGAGGACGCCAAAUCGGGCGGAAAUGGUGAUGAUGGUGGCCGGGGACGGGGUAGCCCAGACGCCCACUACGAGGAGGACGAUGAGGAUGAGCUUAUCGACAUGGAAAUGGACGACGAUUGUGCGACGGACGAGGACGACCAGGAGCAUGUAGAAUGA